UCGGAAUGUGGGAUUUGUUUGCAGUUUUCGGCGACACGUGUUCAACUUGGAUGUCAAAAGGCAGGCCAGCUUCCGGUCGGCUAUGGCUCGCUUAGUGAAGCCUCAGAACCCGCCGUCCAAGCCGCCCCUCAUCUCUCCAUGGCAGCCACGAGUGACAACGGGCUAGUGGACACAGAUCCAGGUCGAGUUAGCAGCAUGACAGCCAUCAACUCGGGUCCGGUCGGGGAAGUGGGCGGCGUCAGGCUGCCGUUGCAAUCAUUACAUGGGUACGGAUCUGUGUUCAUGUACUCGGCGUCGACGAGUCCCGGGGGUGGAGGUGGUCAGGGUGGCGGAGGCGGGGGCGAAGUAACCCUCCGCCUCCGCGAACCCGAGGACAUUCCCGAAGAAGUUCUUGCACGCCUCGAGGACACGGCCACCCUCUCCAUCUCUCUUCAAGGCGACGCUGUUCUGAGGCUGGGGGCGGCUGGCACAGGCAACGGGAAUUUAGAGUUGUUCGAUAGUGAGAGCGGGCCGGACCUCACACUAUCACCUCAGACCUUCACGUCGACGGCGGAGGCCUUCAUCAAUGACAAUAGUGAUAGUCUUGGUGUUCCAGGAGACAACGAUACGGGUAGCAGCGAAGAGUCGAGACCUGGUGGCGGGGAUCCUGGAAAGUUGGGAGUGAGGAAACCAAGACCGAAGGCUUCGUCGCCCAACCGACAGGGACCACAGCAAUGCCAGGUCUGCGGAAAGGUGUUCAACAACGCAUCGGCGCUCACGAAGCACAAGCUGACGCACAGCGACGAGAGGAAAUACGUGUGCACGAUGUGCGGCAAGGCGUUCAAGCGGCAGGACCACUUGAACGGACACAUGCUGACACAUAGAAAUAAAAAGCCGUACGAAUGCAAAGCGGAAGGAUGCGGUAAAUCGUAUUGCGACGCGAGAAGUUUGAGAAGGCAUACGGAGAAUCAUCACGCAGGCAGCAAAGUGAAUGAAAGUGUUAGUCCUAGCAGUCCAACGACCGGUCCUCACACCCCUAACACACCAGGAAGCAAUCCUAGCACGCCAAGUACACCAGGUGCAACAUCGACGCCGAAUGGCCAUGGACAUCCUGCUUUGAAGCAAUUGCUUGCUACGGAACCUACACAAGCACAGCAGCAGAAGAGUGCUACGUCUCCUGGCGCCAGCAACGAUGGCCUCACGAAACAGCAAUUGGAGCUCAUUCAACAGAUUAUGCAGCAAACGCAACAGCAACAGCAGCAGCAACAGCAGUCCCAACAGCAGCGGAACAAUUCGUCAACAACAGUCACAGCACAGAUACAAAAAACGCAAAAACCGUCCGUCAAGUCUACGACCUCGUCCGGAAAUGUUUCGAAUAAUUCCGGAAGUUCGAGCGCAACCAGCAAUCCGAGAUCCAGCCCGAAACCGAAAGUCUGGAGUCACGUACAGAUUUUAAAAAUUGAUGUUGAAGAUGAUUCACGAUUGGAGAAUCGUUUUAAGACCUUAACUUAUACAGUUCGUCAGAGUGUGUCAAACAGGGCGACUUAA